AUGUUUGGAUUUGCGAUUGGCUUUGUCCUGUGGACGGCGGUUCUUGCUGCCCCGGCAUCAAAGUCGUCUCCUACGGUCAAAGUGCGUAAUGGAACAUACACGGGAGUGCACAGCUCUACCUACAAUCAGGACUUUUUCCUGGGUAUGCCAUAUGCCCAGCAGCCUGUGGGUAAUUUGCGCUUCACUGUACCGCAAUCAUUGGACACGAGUUGGGAGGGUGCACGCGAUGCAAAAGCAUACUCGGAUAUAUGUGUUGGAUACGGAACCGACUCUAUUUGGUAUCCUCAAUCGGAAGCAUGCCUGACACUGAAUGUCAUCAGAGGUUCAUCUGUCAAGAAGAAUUCGAAGCUUCCCGUUGGAGUCUGGAUUCAUGGUGGUGGAUUCUAUAUGGGCUCUGGAUCAGAUGAGCGAUACAACAUGUCUGCAAUUGUAGAAAACUCAUAUGAUAUCGGCAAACCUUUUAUCGCUGUCACACUCAACUACAGGCUGUCAGCAUGGGGCUUCAUCAGUUCAAGUCAAGUCUCCGGCAGUGGGAACACUAAUCUUGGAUUGAGAGACCAAAGGCUAGCACUGCAAUGGGUCCAAGAGAACAUCGGCGCUUUUGGCGGUGAUCCUGAGAAGGUCACUAUUUGGGGCGAGUCUGCUGGUGGCAUGUCUGUGGGAUAUCAUCUCACAGCAUACGGUGGACGUGAUGACAAGCUCUUCCGAGCUGGUAUCAUGCAAUCAGGAGGAUCAAUAGCUCCCCGUGCAUCGAACUAUACAGCCUUCCAAUCGGACUACGAUGCCAUCGCCUCCAAGGUUGGCUGCUCAGACGUUGUGGACUCGCUGCAGUGUCUACGAGAAGUUCCCUUUGAGAGCCUCAACUCCGUCUUCAACGGUACAGAUGGUGGGUCAGAUUAUAACUUCUCGCCGGUGGUGGACGGGGACUUUAUUCGAAACUGGGGUAGUAUCCAACUGAACAAGCACGCAUUUGUAAAAGUCCCCAUCAUCUCCGGCACCAAUACCGAUGAAGGAACAGCAUUCGGCCCUAGAGGAAUCAAUACCACGAAACAAUGGUAUGACUACUUAACAGACGGGGGAUUCAACUUCCAAACACCACCAUCUGUAGCCAAGCGCAUCCUCGAGCUCUACCCAGAUGACCCAUCCCAAGGAAUCCCAACCUACUUAGGAGACGCACGCGUCCCAUCAAACGGAUAUGAAUGGCGACGCACCUCUGCAUUCGCAGGCGACUGGAUGAUGCAUGCCAACCGCCGGCGCCAGUGCGAAGCCUGGGCCGAGGCAUCAACACCAGCAUAUUGCUACCGGUUCAAUGUGCGAUCCGCAGACGUGUCACUCCUCGCGGGUGCAACCCAUUUUGAGGAGGUAGCAUUUGUGUUCCACAACCUCGCCGGGCUGGGAUAUCAUUACGGCAAGCCAUUUGCCGGGGUGCCUCAGUCAUACAUUGAUCUCAGUUCCUUGAUGACGAGCAUGUGGGCAUCUUUCAUUCAUGACUUGGAUCCCAAUCCUGUUGUCGUCAAUAAGUCUGUGCAUUGGGAUGCUUAUGCCACGGGCAAACCAGUUGAUCUUCUCUUUGAUGCUAAUACUACUAGCCACAUGGAGGCUGAUACCUGGCGCCAAGAUGGGAUUGAUUACAUCAACUCUGUUGCGCCGGCCUUUUGGCGGUAA